AUAAGGUGGCGCAAGGCUUAUACCUACUAUUUUACAAUAUCCGUGCGGUAUUAUAGUACAGUUACAAUUUCCUAGUAUUGUAUUCCUAUUGAUCGCCGAUACCUUGCUCGCCGUUCCGAUCGCGAAGGCGCUUAACCUGUAGCCAUAUGUCACGCACACAAACAAUUUAACCCAAGCAACAGAAGAAGUUCUUCCCUCAGACAAUCCAAAGUCUCUUACUCCGCAACAAGCUUCUCAUGAUAUUUAUUCGACCGUUGGUCAACCUGAGACAUGGGCUCCGCUUCAAGUUGCCACCCCUAGCGCAUCACUCUAGUAGGUUCCAUGCGAAUCAGCGCAACUCACUGUCGGGGUCGUCCAGGGAUACACCUCCUCACGGGCCGCGUUUCUCUCGCCCGACCGUGUUUGCCUUCCUUACCAUCCCCACUGUCUACAUCUUCGACCGCUACACCAACGAUUCGACGAUCGUCCGUUCCCUCCGAACGGUCUGCGUGAUCGGCGGUAUCGUAGCCGUCUACAAGCUCUACAACAGCCAGCUUCUCCACGGCCUCAUUUCCCCGUACCUUCCUGUGACGACGGUCCAUGAGGGCACGUCCUCGAUGCUCCUCUACUUGCUCCAGACAAACAAAGGGGUCUAUAUCAAGUUCGGCCAGAUGAUUGCAUUGCAGGCCAACAUGUUUCCAGCAGAAUUUGUGACCAAGUUCAAGCAAUUGUAUGAGCACAACGAGCCAGAUGCGUGGGGUGAGAUCAACGCGACAUUGCGUGCGGAACUCGGACCAGACUAUUCACGUCACUUUGCGCACAUAUGUGAAUCGCCUAUUAGCUCGGGCUCCGUUGCACAGGUGCACCGCGCGACGCUAGUGACAGGCGAGGAGGUGGUGCUCAAGGUCCAGCACCACGCGCUCCGCAACCAGAUCGGCACCGACAUGGCGUGCUUCACACUUACGAUGAAAUGGCUUGGCUGGGUGUUUGGCCUCCCGCUUGGGUUCGGGAUGGACUUUAUUCUGCACCAGAUCCAAACCGAGUUGCAGUUCACGAACGAAGUGCAGAAUGCAGACACUAUGCGUGCGUUGAUCGCGCACGAGUUUGGUGCACUCGACACUCGUUACUACGUGCCCAAGACGUACCGCGCACUCAGCACUGAGCGGGUCAUCACCAGCGAGCAUAUCGAGGGCUCCUCGCUCGCCUCUCUCACCCGGUACACCACCCAGUUUAACACCAGGACCGUGGUGCACGACUUGGUGCAUAUCUACGCACUUCAAUUGUUCAAGUGGGGUGUGGUACACUGUGACCCGCAUCCAGGAAACUUUCUUAUUCGCCAGUGUGAGUCAGGACGCGAACAGUUGGUGAUUAUCGACCACGGCUUGUACAUGACGCUCCCCAAACCGUUCCAGAGGCGAUACUGCGAAUUGUGGAACGCCUUGACCCGCUUCGACAACCGCACGCUCCGCGAGAUCUCCCAGGAAUGGGGCAUUGGUGCCAUAGACGUGUUACCAGCGUUAAUUCUGCUUCAGACUUACAAAUCUUCCGGUGUCUCAUCCACGUUUGACGCCUCAAGAGAUCGCACAGACACCAUCAAAGACACCUUUCACACGUUUGUCACGGACCAGGAUGUGUUUCCGCUCGAACUCAUGUUCAUCACCAAGACCCAGCGCAGUUUGCAGAACAUCAACCAGCACUUUGGUAGCGUGGUCAACCGUUUGAAGACUCUCUCGCUUGUGGCAGCCGCCUCACUUCACGAGAUGGAGCGUGAAAGCAAUCGUAAACGGUUGGAAUUUCAUGACUACACCGUUAUCAACUACUGCUGUGACUUGGUGGGUUCGUGGGUCAAGAUGCAGCAUGCUUUGCUUAACGUCUAUGUGUCUGAUAUCAUCUUCUUCAAGGCGCUCCGCGUGCGCCAGGAGUUUACCCGGGUCUGGAACCGUGUGGUGUUGUUUAUUACCGGGCACGAAGGCGGAGAGCUGAAGGGGUCGGAGGAUAUCUUGGAAGGGAUGCUCCGUUUUGUGGCGAAGGAAUAUGUGGGUUUGGACAUUGUCGAUGACGGCCCGGUGUUGUUUGAGGGAUAGCGCAUUCGCCAGCAGUGAAAGUGCAAAAAUGCGAGGUUGCAAGUAUCUGCAAAUGUAUGGAAGUGUUUCCAUGAUCUCGUAUGCAUUUCAUUUUAGAUAGUAUUCAUCUAUGCACUUGUAUAUAAUAUAUUUAGAUGGUGGC